CGUCUCCUAGUAACGAAAAGUCCACACAAUACAAGAAUAAACAAGCAUGUAUUUAUGAACUUAAGACUAACGAUGUAGCAAAGUCCAACUAAAAGAAGACAAUUGAUAUUACAAUAUUUAGAGGAAAACCAAAAGCAUAGUAUAGUACUACUGAUUGUAGCUGAAACCGAAUGGGCUCAUGUUCACCAGAGCAUAUAUCAACGGUGGAGGAAGAGGAAGAGAAAAGAGAAGGAGUGAGUGGUAAAGGAACAUGGAAGCACGCAGCUUUCCAUGUUGCCACCACAAUUGCUACUCCUGCAGCUUAUGCUCCUUUGCCUUUUGCUCUUGCUUCUCUUGGUUGGCCUCUCGGUGUGAGUAGCCUAGUCAGUGCAACGCUAGCUACAUGGUACUCAAGCAUUUUGAUAGCUUCUUUAUGGAAAUGGAAUGGAGAUAAACAACUUACCUAUAGACAUCUUGCACAAAGCCUUUUUGGAUUUUGGGGGUAUUGGUCUAUUGCUUUAUUCCAGCAAAUUGCUUCUUUGGGAAAUAACAUAGCUAUCCAGAUUGCAGCUGGGAGCAGCCUUAAGGCAGUUUACAAGCAUUAUCACUCAGAUGGAAAAUUGAGCCUACAACAUUUUAUUAUUUUCUUUGGAAUCUUUGAACUAUUGCUCUCUCAACUUCCUGAUAUUCACUCACUCAGAUGGGUUAAUGCAUUAUGCACUUUUAGUACCAUUGGAUUUGCCGGUACAACCAUUGGUGUUACAAUUUACAACGGGAAGAAGAUUGAUAGAACAUCAGUUAACUACAGUUUGCAGGGUAGUUCUGCAUCUAAGUCUUUCAAAGCCUUCAAUGCUCUUGGAACCAUAGCCUUUUCAUUUGGUGAUGCAAUUCUUCCAGAAAUACAGAAUACGGUAAAAGAACCUGCAAAGAAGAAUAUGUACAAAAGCAUAUCAGCAGCAUACACUGUGAUUGUUUUGAGUUACUGGCAGUUGGCUUUCUGUGGUUAUUGGGCUUUCGGAUCACAAGUCCAACCUUACAUUUUGGCUUCUCUGUCCAUUCCAGAAUGGACUGUUGUUAUGGCAAAUUUAUUUGCAGCUAUUCAAAUUUGUGGAUGCUUUCAGAUAUAUUGCAGGCCAACUUACGCCUAUUUUGAGGGAAGCAUAAAAUCCAACAAAUCUCCAGGCCAUUUUCCUCUAAGAAGUCAACUGAUACGACUUUUUUAUACAUCCAUAUACAUGAGUCUUGUUACUCUUAUUGCUGCAGCUGUGCCAUUUUUUGGGGAUUUUGUGUCCAUUUGUGGGGCAAUUGGGUUUACUCCUUUGGACUUUGUGUUUCCUGCUUUAGCAUAUCUUAAAGCUGGAAGCAUAGCCAAAAACUCCAAAAUUGGAAUUUUGAUGAAGCUGUUAAACAUUUUAAUAGCUACUUGGUUCUCUAUUGUUGCUGUUUUGGGUUGUAUUGGUGCAAUAAGGUCCAUAGUGGAAGAUAUCAAGAACUAUAGGUUCUUCCAUGACAUGUAAAAAAAAUGCACCAACAUGGUUGAUUGAAGUUUUCUUUUUUUACUCCUUACAUGUAGAAUUCACGUGUUAAAAUAAUGCUCAAUCAGAUUUUAUUUACAUUGAGUUUUAAAUUUGCCAAAACUUUCUUCAUGCAGAAAUCAAAGGAUUAAGAAAAUAGUGAAUGCAAUGGUACUUUUGAGUUUGAUAGGAUAAAUAUUUAUUAUUUAAUCAUUUAAUACCAAGUCAUUUUUUUUGAGUUAGAAAAGACAGUCUAAUAGUCCAUAUUAGCAACUCUUGAUUAAAUCCAUAGCAAAAAUAUAUAAGGAAUCGAAAUCAAAAACAUUAUAACUU